AUGACCGUUUCCUCAAACAUUGAGAUGUUUGGUGCUAUUUUAAAAGGUUGGGAUAGAUCUGCAAUAGUUUUGAAAGGUUGGAACCAAAUGUGCAAUUUCCUGGUAAACCUUCUUCUUCUUCGUCUAUCUCGACUGUCUGCUCAGUUAGAACUCGAAUACAAUAAAAACCCGCCGAGUCGCUUAUUGACCCAGUCUCGCUUUAUGGAUUCCCAUGGAAGAUCAUUUUCAAAGCGAAUCGCAGAAUCGGUGGUCGGAAAAUCGUGCCCAAUAUGCUUGAGACACGUGGAAAUUCGCGAUGCGGCAGUGGUUAUCCCAUGUAUGCACACCUACUGUACCCUCUGCAUCCGCAGGUGGAGCGACCUGAAGCGAAAGUGCCCUCUUUGCAACACGGAUUUCGAUUCUUGGUUCUACAAAAUCAACCUUUCUUCUAGGAAAUUUGAGAAAGAAAAUUUAUUGCCGUCUGGGGAGGAUAAAAGGGUAAAUUUGACUUUCCGGGAUGAUUACGCAUUCCGGAGACGAAGAACUCAAUUUUUCGAACAAAGGUUAAUUACGAGAUCCCGAGAAGAAUCAAGAAAUGCGAGGUCUCGAGUGAGGUCGUUGCCAAGGCAACGAACAUUUGGACAUGAAGGUCAUGAGCACCCUCAUAUUAUUGCUGAAAGAGUCAAACAGUGGCGUGCCAGUAUAUACGAGCAGAGGUUGCAAGCUGUUCCCCUCUCUUCGAAGACAUUUCUUGUUCAGAAAAUGGAAGGGCAUAAUGGCAUAAAACAAAAAAUACUAAAGAAAAUAGAACCAUGGAUACAGAGGGAGCUGCAGGCUGUUCUUGGGGAUCCAGAUCCCACCAUCAUUGUACAUGUUGCCACCUCGAUUUUCUUCUCAAGACAUGAAAAGAAGCAUAAAGGCUUUCCAGAACAAGUGGGCACUGAAGAUGAUUUUCUUGCAUCUCUGCGGCCAUUUCUUCAUGAGCAAACAGAUAUGUUUUGGCAUGAACUUAGAUGUUUUGCAGAGAGCUCUUUCUCGAUGGAAACAUAUGAUACUGUGGUAGAAUACAAAGCAUUGGACUAAGAAAGAUGGAAUUCCGCUCUAGACUGCCUGAUUCUACUUCAAUGGAGGCUAUCAGUUUGUGCAGAGAUUUAUACAUCGUUCAACAUAAAAGGCUGAAGAAUACAACGUUGUUGUUGGGGAAGACUCAGGUUUUGGAGCUAAUCCAAAAUAGCUGAAGAUUCUGUAUUCAUGAUAGAAGCAUACAUCAAGACGAGGCAAAAAUGCAUUGAUAAAAUACUACUUUGAACCUAACAGGGUGGCCAUCGAAAUGGGGACCUCUCCUUCAGUUCGAAGCAGCGACGCUGAGCAUUGAAGGUUGGCAAGACUUCAUCUGGACGAGAGCUUCAUGGGUUGAAUAAAAUUGACAUUUAGCCUUACUUAUAAGUUACUUUUCUUUUAUAGUUCUUGAUGUAUACUCCAAAGAGAGUACCAAAUUACCAGUAAAUAAGCUUAUAAGUUACUAUUCUUUAAUAGUCCAUACCGUUCAUUAUGCCAGGUCCAGUUUGGUGCCAUAUCGUUCCUUAUAAGGAAUGGCAUGGCCUUUAUUUCAAGACUGAUUUACUCUGUACUCCAAUACAAAAAAUUAACUAUAGGGAACAAUAUUGCUCGAGGAAAUUUUACUCUCUGUUUACCUUUUUCUUU